GCAUCCUGACUCACACUGAAUAAAAUUGGGGGGUGAAAAGUGGGAGUGAAGGAAACGGGAACAAGCGCCUGCCAAUGACAGCGACUGGAGAUCGAGAUACAAACUGCCUUGGGACUUGGGGGUGGAGUGUGCUUUGUUUGUUUGUCUGGGGUCUCUCCGAAGAAAACAACCUGGUCCAUGCCAUGAUGUUUUCUUUCCACGGUCCAAACACUUCAAUGGAGGUGAGCAAUGAAAGGCGAACGAGUCGCAAAUUGACGACCGGCCAACCUGCUAAAACGUGUUUUGGUGUGUUUUGCUGUUGCAACUCAGGAAAGUAGUAGAGGUAAUUAGAGCGCGACAGGGCAAGGUUGCACAAGCAGCCUUUCCUUUCCUUUGCCUGGUACGGAUACCGGGCACAUCUUGAUCUUGAUUGGGUUUUCUCAAGAUGGACGACCGGCCGUUAAACUCAAUCUCCCGCGCGCCCUUUGUGUGUCGGCUGUGCCU